UGCAGUCACAGAACGCCUUCGAACGCCAACGCAAAGGAUUGUAGCUCUGGAACAAGCCAAUUUGAACCAAAAAGGGAAUUUUGCAAACAAAAUGAGAGUGUUUUUGGUGCUUGCUAUCCUGUCCCUGGCACAGGCCGCAGAGGUGCCGCAGACCACAGAGGCGACCACAACGACAGGGAAACCGAAACCCCAGCAGAUGGAGCUCCCCGAGCACAUACAGACACUGAUAACCAAUCACAUCCAUCAAGUGCUCCAGCACGUGAAGCAGAAUGCUCAGAAGCCCCCUCACACAUUGACUGGCACUGUGGAGGCGGGCAAAGGGAUUGGGAGUGGGAGUGGGUCGCCAGUGGUUGAGCCCUUUUCAGGUCUCCUUCCACCACUUGCACACCCUGGUGAUGUCCAUCUCCCUGCCGUUGACCAGCCAGCGGCUUCACCUGCGCUGCAACCUGGCCUACAGUCGCUGCAAGCUAAUGAUCCACAGGUGAGGGUGAUAAAUCACCAGGCCACCGGCUCACUACUCCACCAGGGGCGCCCGGUGGUGCAGAACAAGGUGGUGAUGCCCCCUGUGCCACAUGUGGUGCUCUCCCUGCCCGGCCAGCAGUCCGUCGAUAUUGCGGACAAGGUGAACAAGCUGCAGCAGCAUGUCAGCCAGGUGAUGCAACAGGCCCAGCUCCACAUUCCUCUGGCCAUUCAAGAGGCGAUCAAGAGGAAGAAGGAACAGCAGAAGCAGCAGGAACAGACCACACAGCAGCCGAAGGAUCAGAACAAGGAACAACAGAAAGAAGAAGGGGAACAACAGGAGAACGAAGAUCCAACGACGCCCCAGCCGGACUCCUCAUCAACACCAGUCUCAACAAAAAGCAAAACAGGUCGCUCCCUGGACACGUGGCCCCACCACGCCAACCAGGUGCACAUCCCCCAGUUGAUUGCCGAACAUCAAGAGGAGAUCGACCGGGGCAAAUGCAGCUUCAAGUGUCCACGCCAGGCCCUGUCCAUCUGCGCCAGCAAUGGCAAUUGCGUUGUCAACUUUCCCGGCCAAUGCGAGCUGAGUCAAUGGAACUGCUUCAAUACCAAAAAUGUUUUCCAUCAAGUGCACGAUGCCGAGUGCCAGAAUACCAUCAAGUGCUAUAAGCGUGAUAUGAUGUAGAGGUUACAGGAUGACAGAUACCCUCCCUUAGACCAUGGAAAAGUCGUAGCUCAAGGGAAUGUAUCAUACUUUUUUUGUAUACUGCAAAUAUCUUACAAUUUAAUAAAGAACUAUUUUAAUAAUAUUAGAUUCCAAUUCC